GUGAGGAGCUUAACUAACCCUUGGCUCUCGAAUUCGCCGCGCCUCUCAUGAAAGUUCAGAGACACUCUUCGCCAAUUUGAAUUUUUUUUCGAGCUGAUUUCCGAGUGAAUCAAAGAAAUCAUGGAGCCUGUUACAGUUUCAGACAUUGGAAAUUCAAAUGACUGUCAGAAGAAUCCUGAAUUGAGUGAUAAGCAAAAGGAGAGAUCGGGGAAAAAGAAGAGGAAAUCAAGGAAACAGGAAAGUGAGUUGAAGAAUAUUGAAUCUCAUAUCAGUAGCCAGAAUGGGAACGCAGAUGGGAAAACAGAGAAAUCCACCAGUGAAGAUCAAGUCCAGUUAUCCGAGAAUCGUGUAUCUACACUACCUGCAGCUACACUACAUCAUACAGACUCAAUUUUGUCAACAAGAGAAGAAUCACUACCAGAUGCUAAUAAGAAUGGUUCCAGUAGGAAAAAAUCAAAAAGGAGAGAGAGGAAGAAGAAAGAGGACUCUUCCUGUGAAGAGAAAAUGUUGGAUGAUGUAGAAAAAAUCACCAACGAAUACCAAGUGCAUCCACCCAACACUCUGUCAAACUCCGUUGCUAGUGUUGUGAUAAAUAGUUGUCUGCAAUCCAAGGAUGAUACUGUGGAAAAACAAGAGUGCAGUGAUGUCAAGUACAGUGAAACUGUGGCCCAAGAUCAGAGUCCUAAACCCAAGAAAAGGAAGAAGAGAAAGAAUAAAACAGCGGAGGUCUGUGAUCCAUUAGGAGAUACUCUGCCAACCUCCACGAAAAGCGGGUCAGUGGAGUGUGUGGAAAAUGAUGAUGGGAAUAAGGAAACAGAUGGGAAUACUGAAGUUAAAGAGCAUGUUCUUGAAGUUAAAUACAAUACUACUUCUCAAGCUGAAGGAUCACAACCGAAGAGUAUAGAGGAAAAAUCUAUUGCUAGUGUUGUGAUAAGUAGUUGUCCAAAAUCCAAGGAUGAUACAGUGGAACAACAAGAAUGCACUGAUGUCAAACUCAGUGAAACUGUGGCCCAAAGUCAGAGUCCUAAAGCCAAAAGAAAGAAGAAGAGGAAGACCAAAACAGUGGAGGUCUGUGAUCCAUUAGGAAAUUCUUUGCCAACAUCCACGAAAAGCGGGUCAGUAGAGUGUGUGGAAAAUAAUGAUGGUAAUGGUGGGAUAAUUAGUUAUUCGGCUACUCAUAGGGAAAAUUCUGUAACUGGGAAGGUAAGUGGUUUACAGAAUCUCGGAAAAACUAAAGAGAAGGAAACAGAUGAAAACAAUGGUGUUAAAGAGGACGUUCUUGGAGCAGGUGUUUGUGAUUUAAGGAGCAAAAAACAGAAAGGAAAGAAGAAUAAAACUGCAUCUGCAGAUCACAAAACUGCAGACAUGGAAGUCCCUGAGCCAUCAGGAUCUGUAGAGUGUUUGUUGGAUCAUUCAGAGGGAAAAGACAUGCAAAAUUGUGAUGGAAAUGCCGGACUACAGUUUGGGGGAGAGGAUAUGACAAGUAAAACUGAAAAAUCUGUAACCAGAGAGAAAAGUGGAGUUCAGAAAUCUGGAAAACGUAAAGAAAUGACAAAAGAUGAAAAUAUUGAAUCUAAUCAGGAUAUGUUUGGAGAAGAAGGUGUUAGUGAUGUUCCGCGCAAAAGACAUAAGAGGAAGAUAAAAAAGGAAAAAAAUUGCGAAUCAGUAGCCACCAUGGAUAGUGACAGUUUGUUGUAUCAAUCAAAUCGAGAAGGUGUGGAAAUUUGUGAUGGGGAGAUUGCCAGUAUGGAUAUGGCUAGUAACAUUGAAGAUUCUGCAACUAAGAAGGAAAUUGUCCAGGAUGUUAAAAUUUCCAAGAAAAAGAAAAAAGAUAAAAAGGAAGAAGUUGUCCAGGAUGCCUUCGGAGUAGAAGAUGAUAGUAAGGUUGAGGUCACAACAAAGAAACGCAAGAAGAAGAAAAAUUCAAUAGAUCAUGAAACUGACAAUAUGGAGGAUGAUAGUAAAAAGAUAAAAGAUGAAAAGGGAGAAGUUGAUCAGAAUGCCUUGGGAGCAGAAGGUGCUAGCAAGGUUGAGGUCAAAACAAAGAAGAGCAAGAAGAAAAAUUCUUUAGAUCAUAAAACUGAUGAUAUGGACGAGAAGGAUGAUGUUUCCUUAAUUAGGAAAGAUGAAGAACCAGAAGUUGACAGGGAAAAGCUUCAAGCAUCUUUGUCAAGUUCUGUCUUAGUGCAAAAUAAUAAGGCUCAAGGAGUUUCAUCAUCAGAAACAAGUGAACCUAGAUGCUCUUGUGAAGGUCGUACUAGAAAAUUAGUGGUGUUUGAUUUGAAUGGAAUACUCGGAGAUAUAGUGCAGGGGUUUACAGGUCAAUUUAUUCCAGAUGGUAAAGUAUCAUACAGAUCAGUCUUCAGGAGGCCUUUUCUGUCCAGUUUUCUUGACUUCUGCUUUGAGAGAUUUCAUGUAGCGAUAUGGUCCUCUAGGCGCAUUGGGUUGGAUUAUAUGGUCGGCAUUCUCAUGAGAAACUAUGCAAGGAAUCUGUUGUUCUGUUUUGAUCAGAAUAAAUGCACAACAACGAAGUUUAAAACUCAGGAGAAGAACGAUAAACCUCUGUUCCUCAAGAAUCUACGAACAGUAUGGGACUGUUUUGGGACAUGCGUCAGUUGUGGAAAGCGAAAGUACGAUGAGACAAACACUUUGCUAGUUGACGAUUCCCCCGACAAGGCCUUGUGUAAUCCUCCACACACUGGAAUCUUCCCUUGCCCGUAUAAGUACACGGAUGAUCAAGAUUCUGCAUUGGGACCUGAGGGUGAGCUAAGGAAGUAUCUUGAAAGAUUAGCAGAUGCAGAGAAUGUUCAGAAGUUUGUCGCGGAGAAUCCAUUUGGUCAGACUGCCAUAACAGAGACACACGAGUCAUGGGAGUUUUACUCAAAGGUCAUCGAGGCACAUAAGUAAUUCCUCCACAGGACUAGUCUCGAGAGCUCACAACAACCAAGUUUUCAUGUACACACAAAUUUUGUUAAUUCCGGUGGAGAAGUCUCUACUUGUAGAACUUAAAUUUAGCAUGACUUAAACCCUUCACAUUCUUAUUGAUCUUGUAUUUCUUGUGUUUCAAAAGACCAGCAUCAGUAUACACUUAUCUGUUAAUGAUCAUCUAGACUGGUAAGUGGUAAUUGUCAAUAAAUAAGUUUAUUGCUUUUCGUUCAAAA